AUCAGCUGUCCAGAGGUGACUUACGGCAAGGCCGAGCGUAAUUACCGACAUGUUGCACAUUUAGACGUGACUGUGGUGUGCUUUCUCACUUCUUCAACUGUUUCAGGAAGUGGGGGUGAGUGGUUGAAAUCAGGAAACUGAAUGUUGCUAUUGAUACGACGGCAGCGGGUGAAAGCUAACUUGGUGUCAUUUGAAGAGCGAAGCAGCUUCACGUUUGGAGGGUAAAGAAAGGGCGCGAUUCUGCAAAUUAUGCUCCUUGUGGGCUGAUUUUACACAUCUUCAAGACCUCUCAACCAUGGAAGAACACAUCUCCUGUCGGGAAUCAGCCAAUCCUGCAUCCCUGUCAACUCAAGAGCUCCUAAUUCUGCACACUGCCGAUGCACAUGAAUGGGCAGCAUAUUUGCAGCACAUCUUGAAGUUGUCCAAGAAAUUCCAGAAAAGCUCCAUCUUGCUGUAUACCGUUGGGCCGGCCGAUAAGCUCCACGGAUGCAACUUUGAAAAUUUCCACAGCUGCAAGUGCAUCGUGCUGCUCCUCACCGGAGCAUUCAUUGACAUCAUAUGUGAUCCUGAGCUGCAGGGAGCCCUUCAGAGGCUUCUCCAGCCAUCUAACAGAGUGGUGGUGCUGCUGUGUGGCGUGUCCGAAGAUGAUGUACUAAUGGCUGGCUUUGAAGGCUGGCCCACUUGGAGGAAACUCUACGCUGAGGAUGAGCCUACUGUGUACGUCGCCACCAUUCUGGAGACCAUCACGAACAGUAGGCUCCAUGUUGAAAAUGUGAACAAAUGUGGAGCCUUAGAUCAACAACAAACCACACCAACAACCUCAAAUGAAGGUACACCCACAGAGAACACACAGGAAGAGAUGCCAACAGACUGUCAGGAACCCAACUUGAAGGGUGACGAACAUGUGACCUUGGGUGUUUCAGCAACUGAGGAAAUGAGUCCACACUCACACACGGCCUGCCUCACUGUCCAACCAAGCCAAGUCCUGUGUGGGGUGGAGGAAAGCGUUUUUAUCAUCUUGACUCACAAAAUGGAUGAUCUCACAGCACCAGAAGUGGAGUUUACCGCUGAAAAUAAUGCAGCAAAAAGAGUUCCGGGCAUUGUUGUGAAUGAGUACACAAUACGUGUUCAUGCACCUGAAAUGCCCGCAGGCGUGGUGUCACUCACUUUGUGCACUAACCAAUCAUGCAUCAGCUUAAACUCCAUCACAUACUACACCAACAUGGGACAAGUCAGUCGGUGUCUGGAAAAUGCUGCCGAUCCCUUGAAUUUCCUCUGUCAGGCUUUCAACGUGACGUCCAAUUCCAUGGAGUCUUUGGACAAUAUUCUAACCGGCUCAUUAAAGUCCAACAUGCCUGCACCUGGUCUUGAAAUGUUUGGAAUCAGACAGAUUGAGGAGCACAAUAUGGCGGCAUAUAAGCGUGAUGAGGAACUUCCCACGCUGCUCCACUUUGCUGCAAAGUACGGCCUGAAGAAGCUGACGAGAUUCCUUCUUCAGAUUCCCGGAGCUCUGCAGGCUUACAGUGUGAUGAACAAGAAUGGAGAUUACCCAAACACGCUGGCAGAAAAGAGUGGCUUCUCAGAGCUCAGACAGUUUAUCGAUGAAUUUGUUACAGCAGAGAUGCUCAAGUCUCACACUGAAGAGAGCACAGAGGACUAUGAAGAGAUGGCCACUACAAAGUCCUCAGGUUGUCCUAAUGACAUGUAUGUGUCAAUGCUGGGCAUAAACCCUGAGUGUGCAGAUGACCUAUAUGAAGUCAUGAGUGCAGUAGUAGAAAACCCAGAGGAAGCUAUGCUGAGGACAUUUUUCCAAGCAAAACCUCAAAACAGGGUACUGCAGGAUGAAGAGGAGAAACGUAAACAUGAGCAAAUGGAAAACAAUGAACGGAAUGACCUGAAUGAAACUGACAUAGAGUUUGACCCGUACAAAACUGAAGAUAUCUAUGAUACUGUGGAUGAAAAUAGUUGCAUCAAUGCAGCAGUCCUGUGCCGUCCUCCAGCGCCGAUUCCCAGACCUGAAAUUGAGCCUGAGCCCGAAAAGCCUGAAACCUUUAUUUCAAGAGUAUUUUCAGAUAAAUCUGCUUCUCAAAGCCAAAUCUUGGAACUCUAUCAGGAAGCUCAGCCUAUAGAAGACCCCCCCACAACCGUAUAUGACCCAUUUGCUGGGAUGAAGACACCUGGACAGAGGCAGCUCAUAACGCUGCAGGAGAGGGUCAAAGUGGGGGAGAUCACCGUGGAUGAAGCUGUCCAAGCUUUCAAAGCUUGGCAGUUGGACCAUGAGAGCAGGGCCAGCUCAGUACGCUACCAGCAGGAUAACCUGAAAAGAUUAAGACAGAGCAUCAACAGACGUCACAUUGAGAGAGGAAAGGAGCUUGACUAUGAGAUUAGUGCUCCACUGCAGAGAAACACCUUUUGGGGAUCCACUGUGACAUAUGAGUGUGGUGUAUACGACUGUGCACCCAAAAUGGUGCCUCCAUCCUCUUCAAAUUCAACCCAAUUUAUCCAAAGAGGCAGCUGGAAGACGGGAAGUACAUCCAGCACAUCCAGCACUGAGAGCAACAGACUCAGCACUCACAGCAACUUAAGCUACAGCAGUGGGACAGAACCAGAUUUCGAGGACUCUUUAGAAAACCUCCCAACUCUACCACGACCUCCACGAUCUUCUGAUGCUCCUCCCCUCAUACCACCCAGAAUUCCUCCACGCAAUCCACAACGGUUGCCAGAUAACAUGUUGCAUGAGCGCUACAUCCCCUGCCCUCGAGCACCUCCUCAAAGACCUCCUCAAAGAUACACAAACUCUGCGCCUCCUGUCCCACGGCGACUGCGGUGAUGUGCAGCAAGGUCACGUGUGCCGCAGAGAUGCAUGAGUUGGAGGGAAAAGCGAAAACACAAAAAAAUGAAAUCAACAAAGACAGUGAUUUCAAUUAAAGGCUUUAAUUCAUUCUGAGCAAUGCACCAUUUGCCAAAAGAAGUGUACAACGUGAGAUGUGUGAGAAAUGUUGGCUGUCAGAGAAUUAUUAUAUUUAUUUAACACAAUUGUUGUUGUCAUUUUGAGCAAUUUGAGCCCCUAUUUUACUUUAAAUCAGAUCAUAAAACUUUUGAAUGACACACACACAGGAACAGUGAAGUAAAAGUAAAACAUAGAAGGCUCCCCGAGCGUUUUUAUAGUGUGAAAAACAACUUUGACCAGAUGAUGGCGCUCCAUAGUCACUUUUUGUACAUGACGUUGAAACCCAGACAAAGUGUGGCAAUCAAUGUUUCAUGUUGACAUGUUGUAAUUAACUGUUCAACAAUUUAAUCCGCAUCACAUGACCCGCUGUCGAUCAUUUACACCAACACAGCUUUAUUUUCUAUAGUUUCUAUGCAACACACAAAGGAGGAAGUGUAGCCACUUCGGUCUUCUGAUAGGAAAUUUCACAUUUAAAGUUUUUACAAACAGUAUGUGUACUACAGUACACAUACAUGCAGUAUACAUUUUGUUAUAUAUACAUCAAUGUAUUUGUUAAAUAGGUUGUAUUUUAUUACGUUUUUUUCCUCACUGAUAU